AUGGAGAAAAUUACCGCUAAAAUCGCGGCCCUGCCCCCAGGCUCCUCCUACUUCUCCCUUGAGUUCUUCCCCCCGAAAACAACCAUGGGCUCCUCGAACCUGCGCGCACGCCUCGACCGUAUGUCGCGCGCCCUACGCCCGUUGUUCAUCACAGUCACCUGGGGCGCCGGCGGAUCUACCGCCACCAAAUCUCUCGAGCUCGCGGAGCUUUGUCAGCGCGAGCUAGGUCUCACGACAUGCCUGCACCUCACAUGUACGAACAUGAGCCGGGCAUUGGUAGACCAGGCGCUGGAAGACGCAAAGGCGCUAGGGAUUAGGAAUAUACUUGCCUUGCGGGGUGACCCGCCGCGCAGCGAGGAGUACAGGGAAGUGGAUGAGAAGGGGCAGAGCGCGGGCGCCGCCAUGGAGGAGGAGUUUGAGUGGGCGGCGGAUCUAGUCAGGUACAUCCGCAAGCAGUACGGGGACUACUUCUGCAUCGGCGUGGCGGCGUAUCCGGAAGGCCACGCGGACGAGAGCGAUCCCAAUGGCCAGAGCCUGGAGCACGACAUGCAGUAUUUGGUGGGCAAGGUUGCUGCGGGGGCGGACUUUAUCAUGACGCAGCUGUUUUUUGAUGUGCAGGCUUAUGAUGCGUUUGAGAGGAAGUUGAGGGAGCAUGAGAGUGAAUUGUUUAAGACGAUUCCGAUUAUACCGGGCAUGAUGCCUAUUCAGAGCUACCAGAUGAUCAUGCGGACGACGAAGCUGAGCCAUGCGAGGAUGCCGCCGGACGUUAUGGGGAGGCUGGAUGAGGUGAAGGGGGACGACGAGAUGGUCAAGAAGGUCGGCGUGGAUAUCGUGAGUGAGAUUGUCACGCAUAUCCGGAGACAGCCUGCGCCUGGAUCGAGGGGAUUCCAUUUCUAUACGUUGAAUUUGGAGAAAGCAGUGUCAUUCAUUCUGGAGAGGACGAAUCUAAUUCCUCCUAUACCAUUAGACUCGGAAUCAGCAAUCCUGGAUGUCUCAUCUUCUUUGGGAUCUCUUCAGGUUAACGGAUCGUCUCACAAACGGGCUUCCCGACGCCUAAGCUCCAUCGGCUCAGACCCUCACAACAGAGUCAUUGUAAGCGGGCAGAAAGCCACGAACCCAGAUCGAGAGGCCACCGCCGAAGAAGCUGGUGUUCCUGCGGAACCUAUCAACACGCGUGCUAACACGCUCGCCAUCUCCGAGGGCGAAGGCUCCCUCGGUCGCGAAGCCACCUGGGACGACUUCCCCAAUGGCCGCUGGGGUGACGCCCGCUCCCCCGCCUACGGCGAAAUUGACGGCUACGGCGUCUCGCUGCACAUGUCCGUCAACCAGGCCAUUAAGCUCUGGGGCUUCCCGACCUCCGCGGCAGACAUCACCUCCCUCUUCAUCCGGCACAUCGAAGGCUCUCUCUCCGCUAUCCCCUGGAGCGAAGAGGGUCUCAACGAGGAAACCAACACGAUAGGAUCCCAGCUGUUGAAGCUCAACCAGAAAGGAUGGUGGAGCGUAGCUUCCCAACCAGCCGUCAACGGCGUUAAGUCCUCUGAUUCGAUUUUCGGGUGGGGACCCAAGAACGGUUUCGUGUUCCAAAAAGCCUUCGUGGAGCUCUUUCUCCCGUCUUCAGACUGGGCGACGCUCCACGCUAAACUCGCAUCCGCUGCCACCGCGCCUACGGUCUCCUGGUACGCGGCCAACGCGACGGGGGAAUUCCUCUCCUCGUUCCCGAACUCAGAUGCGGAUAAUAGGAGAGAGGGAGGGGCAGGUGGCAGCACGAACGCGGUCACGUGGGGAGCAUUUCCCGGCAAGGAGAUCAUCACGCCGACGAUCAUCGAAGAGGUGAGCUUCCGGGCCUGGGCGGAAGAGGCGUUUAGCAUCUGGGCCGAGUGGGGUCGCGUGUAUCCGAUGAGGAGCGCUACGAAGGCGUGUAUCGAUGCGGUGGCGGGAGAUGUGUGGCUGGUUAAUGUUAUUCACCAUGAGUAUGUUGAGAAGGAGGGUUUGUGGGAACUUUUACUCUCGACGUAG